UUAUUUUGUGACGUAAUCACGACCAAGAAGUAAGCGAAUGUUUUAGUAAGAGCAGGAAGUAUCAGUGGAAAAACACAUUUUUUUUAGUAUAUAAGUGAGUCAGAGUUAAACAAGAUUGUAUCACCAUGACGACAGUGAUGUACCAGACCCCCCAGGUAGUAAGGCAGCAAGUGAUUACCACAGCGCCACCUACUGGGGGUUCUUCAUUCGUGGCUGAGAAGUACAUGCACAGAGCUGGUGUGGGACUUGGUAUAACCCAGGCUUUGCUUGGGGUCAUCUCUCUCAUCUUUGGUAUUGUUUUUGCUUCAUGGGCUCCAGCAGGUUACAGUUACGGUUACAGGACCUAUUAUUUCAGCAUAAACCACCACACUGGGGCUGGGAUAUGGUGUGGUAUUCUGUUCACAGGGACUGGGGUAUUGGGAAUUCUUACAUACAAGAAGAAUAAGGGAUUGAUCAUCUCCUUCAUGAUCAUGUCCAUCAUAUCAGCAGUGGUUUCCUGGCUCGUCUUCAUGGUGAUGCAGUCGGUGGAAGUUGCCAUUAACGGUGGCUACGGGAGCUAUUAUUCCAGUGUGAUCAGGGGACUGUCAGGGUUUUUGGUUUUUGUCGCCUUUACAGAGGGGGUGAUAGCAGUUAUCUCAUCAGCCUUUUGUUGCCAUGGUGUCUGUUGCUGUUCUCAGCCUUCCACCCAAGGCACUGUCAACUAUACUGUACCCAAUGCUGGACAAAAUACUGUGGCUUUUGUGGCACCUGGACAACAAGGCUUUGUGUACUAUCCACAGCAGGGGCCCCAAGUCGGAGGAUACUAUCCCCAGCCCAUGUAUGCCCAGGGUCCUCCAGCUUACAGCACUGCCCAACAACAACAGCAGCAGCAGUGGCCACAACAACAACCACCACCCCAAGCCCAGCAGCAGCCAGUAGGUGGCGCCACAGGACAGCAGGCAGGACCUCUGCCACAGAAGCAGUAAUGGCGAGUGGAAAAUGGUGGAAAUUUGAGAUUUGUUAGCAUUGCAUUUGGCAUUAAUUGCUGUUUUAUGCCUUUCUUCUUCAUCUCAUAAAAGUCAACUGUGAAAAUACUUGACUUAUAUAUAAAGCAGUGGACAUAAAUUUGCAGGUCUUAUACACGUGCCAUUUCAUGUGCAGGGUGGUUAUAUUUCCAGUCUGUAAAAUUGAUUUUAUGAUCGUAUGCAGAUGUUCAUUUUGAAGUUUAAAAUGAUGAAAAUUCAGUUUGCCAUAAAAGUAUUAUUGGAGAAUUGUGGCUGAUCUGUUAAAUGUUUACAUAUUUGAAUUACUAAUUUGUGAUAUUUGAAAAGUAUUUUUGUUCUUUAAAAGAACAAAUACAGUGAUGUUAUUUUGCCAGUUGAUUGUCUUAACUUGCUGCAGCUUGUAGACACUCUUUUUUCUUGCAUAAUAUUACAACAUUUAACCAAAGGAUUUUUAAGUGUUUAUAAAAUUGAAUAUGAAUAUUAUAUUUAUCCAUAUUUAAACUGCUAGUAUAUUUGCUUUUUACGUGGAACUUUUAAGUAGACUUAGAAUUUAUAAAUAUAUAUAUUAUAUAUUCAAGACUGCAGAAUGCAUGUUGCAUUGUAAACAAAUGUUCUUUUCAAUUGUAUAUUUUAAAUAUGUAUAUUCAAGAGUUUUUAAGCUGUAAAAUUGCUUCAAUAUGCGAUUGAAGAAUGGAUUGAGAAAGACCAUAUAUUUUCUAGAAGGAAAAACUACAGACCGAAUGGUACACAUUCUGCCACAUAAAAAGUGAGAAAAAACACCAGUUAAGAACAAAUUCUUGUUGAAUUAUACAUUACUAAGUUUAGACAAGAUCUGUUGUAUCACGUGAUAACUUACGCACAUAACUUACAUUUUAUGUAUUUUGAUAGUUAUGACUUACUUAAAGUAUAUACAGCUGCAUAUACUGUAUACUCGUUCAAACCUUAUAUCUAGAGCGCAGUAUAACGCCCACGCUGUCAUUUUCUUAUGCUUAAAGUGAAGAGUGCCACAUACGUAUAUCAGAAUAUACAAUAAAACGUUUUCUUAGAGAAAAUUU